AAGAUCCAGCGUGUCCCGGCUACUGUACCAUGUGCGAGGAGAUGGAAGGCCAAGCAAGCCCUUCCAAGAGGUUUAAUGGAGUACUGGAGGAGACUUGACGCUCUGACCGUAGAGGAUGUCGUCAGGACACCAUAUACAUCUCACCGGCCUCAUCGUGCAUUUAACGACGCUUCUUUGUAUUCAGGGCAUAUUAGGUGGAAGAACCAUGUGACUAGACACUUGCCUGAGAGGUGUCUACGACAAUAUGAUUUGGUUCAGGGUAUCCCUCAUCCAGUUCCCGAGACUCCAGCUGGUGGCAUUGACAGAUGCUUUCAGAGUCACAUCAUCAGCUCUGUCUGUGAGAUCAUGGAGAGAUCAGUUGUGGUUCAGCAUCCUUCACGGUGCGAGGAUGGAUACCUGGAGUGGUACCACAGUGUAUCACACCCUCGCGUCAUACCACCGGCUGGAACAUCUGAUGUUUUGGGACCUUCACAAACUAGGGUUUUUGCCGAGCCGCCGCCACCACCUCCACCACCUGCAGGUGAUCAGGACAGCCGCCUAUAG